UACCACUCUCAGAAUUGAACGACUUCCAAACCUCAGGUCUCUGGACAGUAAGGGGCUUCAACAACUUACCUCUCUCUCAAACUUGUACAUUGGCGACUGCCCUGAGUUUCAAUCCUUUGGAGAAGAGGGGCUUCAACAUCUCACCUCCCUCAUAACAUUAUCCAUUAGCAAUUGUUCUAAGUUCCAAUCCUUUGGAGAAGAGGGGCUUCAACAUCUCACCUCCCUCGUAACAUUAUCCAUUAGCAAUUUUUCUGAGCUCCAAUCCUUUGGAGAAGAGGGGCUUCAACAUCUCACCUCCCUCAAAACAUUAUCCAUUAGCUGCUGCCCUGAGCUCAAAUCUUUAACAGAAGCAGGUCUUCAACACCUUAGCUCACUUGAAAAUUUGCAGAUCUCCGACUGCCCAAAGCUCCAAUACCUGACGAAAGAGAGACUGCCAAACUCCCUCUCUUUUCUGGAUGUUUACAAAUGCUCUUUGCUGGAAGGUCGCUGCCAAUUUGGGAAAGGCCAAGAUUGGCAGUAUGUAGCUCACAUUCCACACAUAAUCAUCAACAAUGUGUUAUACUGAUGAAGAUGGAAAUAUAUCAAUGUCAAUCAGGUUUGGUUGAUUUGGCUAUGAUCAUAAAGGCAUGGUGCCAAGCAGCUCUCAGGAGACUUCAUUUUCGACUUCCCGAUGGUCCAACAGUGGAGACCUCACAAGUUUUUCUUAAUCAUGACUGCAUCAUUUUUCUGCACUUACUGGAGACAGUAUUCACUAUGGUUCUACUUGCAAGCAGGGAGAGAUCACCUGAAUGAUAGUUGAUACCACACCACCAAUUAGCCACUGUCAAAAGGCAAGGAUAUGGGAAUGCAUCUUCUUUGUUAUGUACUUAGCAGGACUUAUUUCUUUUCUUUGUUUUUUUUUUUUUUU